GGCUAUGAGAUUUAAAAGAGAAGAGAGAUGAGAGAGAGAGGUAGGAAAAGAGCUUGGGAUCGGGAAAGCAGUUAUCGAACAAGGGUUGGUCGGACAGCACAGGACAGAGAGGCUGCACGUCCUCAUGGGAGAAGCAGCUACACAAGGAGAUCAGAUGCAGGAGGUUUUGCGGGACAUAGCAGGGAGCAGAAGAUGCUGGGAGAUUGGGGUUACGAUAAGGGGGUGUACAGACAAGCAACAGCCUUCUUCUUCACUAAUUUCCCUGAGGAGUGGAGCUACACAAAUAUGUGGUCAACCUUUCGCAAGUUUGGAAGAGUGAUUGCAAUCUACAGCCCGAUGAGAAGAAAUAAGAGUGGCAGCAGAUUCGGCAGUGGCAGCAGAUUCGGCUUCGUCAAGUUCUUGGAUGUCAAAAAUGUAAAGGACCUUGAGAGUCAACUAGAUCAGAUCUGGAUUGAAGGAAGGAAAAUAUGGGUGAAUGUGGCUAAGUAUCCAGAGGAAAAAGUGACAUUGAAGGAGAUUAGCAAAACCGCACCCAUAGUUAACACUAUCCAAAACAGAUCGUAUGCUGAAGUAGCGGGUGGGCGUGUAGGAGUGAAGGAAAGGAAAACAGAGGAUCAUCAACCACCACCUCAGCUACAAGAUGCUCAAAGGAACCACAGCAAAUCAGAAGGAAACUGGAAGCCGUUGAGAAGACAAACAUGGAGAGAGAAAAGCAGAAGAGAGGAAUGGUCCGGCUUCGAGUUUGAAGUUAAAGAUGAAGAUUUUGAGUGGCUACAGGGGUGUUAUGUCGGAAUAGCCCACUCUGUGGAAAUUGUUCCAAACCUUCAGGAAAAGUUCUACAUGGAAGGUUAUUUCACAUGUCGUCUUCGUGCUAUGGGAGGCAAGCUGGUUCUCUUGGAUUGUGAGGAUAAGGGAGAGCUUGCAGAUUUAGUGCAUGGUGCGGCAGAUUGGUUAGGCCAAUGGUUCUCAGAGGUGAAGCCUUGGACUCCAAAAGAAGUGGCUAAAGAAAGAUUUGCAUGGGUAAGAUGCCAGGGAGCACCUUUACACGCAUGGGGCCCAGAUUUCUUCAAGAGAAUGUCAUCAGCUUGGGGUAAAUUCAUUUCUCUGGAUGACAGCACAAGCUGUAAGAGGAGGUUUGAUAUAGCAAGAUUCCUCAUCUCAACGCCAAUCAUGGAUUCAAUCUCAGUCAGGAGGCAAAUCAAAGUGAAUGGGGAAUUAUUCAAUUUAAAGUUCUCGGAAGAGGAAUGGGCCAAUAGCCUCUUCUCAUUGAGACAGGACUUCAUCCCAAAGUUUGCGAGUGAUUCGGAAAUUGAAGAACAAUGGUCUGAAGUAAGUGAUUGGGAUGAAGGACAGCAAGGUGGCAAACACGGUGGUGAAUGGGAGCCUUCAGUCGGAGAAGAUGAUGACAGGGAGGACAUCCGAGACUGCAGCUGGAGGCACAAAGGGUUGGUAGAUGUCUCGGAUUUCGAGGAGAGGUUUGAAUCAGUAGAAAAGUGCUUCGCAGGGGAACGUUACAAAGAGUCUGACAAGAGAUCAUUGAGCCGGAUUGUAGAAGAGGAGUCGGUGGCAAUGGUAGCUGAUAGCAUUAAUGUGGGAGAAGACUUGUCAGAAGCAGGUGGCAGAGAUGCUGACGGGAAGUUUGAAUCAAAUUCAAAUUGUAGAUUUUCGGAUAAAGCACAUAGGGACCAAGGGGAUUCAGGUGACAACAAUCAAAUGGGCUCCGAAAUGAGGUUAGCAGAUGAAGGCCUCAACGAGAAGUCACGCGGUUUAGAUAGGCAAACAGAGGAAGGAAUCAAUGCAGAAGGUUCAUCUACUCUCAGGUCAACCCGACGGAGUGAGGAAGGAUCAGAGAGGGAGCAGUUGGAUAAGAUUCGGAGAAAAGAGAAGACAAGGAGCAGGAAGAGAGCAAAACUGUGCAGAUCCGUGUACCAAAGAGCUAGCCUUCUAGGAAUGUUGAACCAGAAGAAAAAGGGCAGAGCCAAAGCUAAGCCGAGACAUGCUGAGUCAGAAUCAGAGGGCUUUCCGGAUUUCAUAGCUUGCACCAGCAAUUCAGUAGCAGGGGGGUCUUUGGGUGAUAGUGAAAUUGUGAACCGCAACAGAUUAUUGAUGGGUCAAUCAAACUGGAAAGUGGUAGAGCAACUCUGGGAUUUUGCAAAAAAGAUAGGGGCAACAGCAGAGAACGAGGAGGCAGUUGUUAGAAGCCUCGAGGAGAUGGAAGAAAGAGAUAGGAAAGUUAAGGAAGCCGAGGCAUCAAAGAAAGCGUGCAAGGCUCAGAAGAUGUGUAGAGCAAUCUGGGGUUCAGAGGAAUUUGAUUGGGCUGCUAAGGGUUCAGUAGGAAGGAAAAAGGGCAUUUGGGAGGAGCUUAAAAAUUUAGUAUCAGGGAAUGGAGGAAUCAUUUGUCUGGUUGGAGACUUUAACACAGUUAGGAGAGCAGAGGAAAGGAAUGGCUGCAGAGGAGUAUCAUCAGAGAUGAGGGAAUUUGACAAUUUCAUCCACGAAUCGGAGCUGGUAGAUCUACCACUUCAUGGCAAAAAGUAUACAUGGUAUCAGACCAAUGGCAACUCAAUGAGCAGAAUCGACAGAUUCCUACUGUCUGGGGGAUGGUUAGAAAAGUGGGAAGAGGGCAACUGGAGAAGGAGUGAAAUAAAUAGUAUUAUCAUUAAGGGGGCACAGGUUGAAGAAGUGAGUAGUUUGAAAGAAGAGAUCGCAGCGUUCUAUGAAAACUUGUUCAAGGAGGAGCAAGGGGAGCGCCCAAAAUUGGAAGGGGUUUGUUUCAAGCAAGUGCAACCCGUAGAUAAUAGACAGCUCAUCGAGGCUUUUACUGCUGAAGAGAUUAAGGCAGCAAUAUGGGAAUGCGAUAGCUCGAAAGCGCCGGGACCCGACGGAUUUAAUUUCAGAUUUGUUAAGAGUGAGUGGGAAGUAAUCAAAGAGGAUGUCAUUGAUUUCCUACAAGAGUUUCACAAAAACAGCAAAAUGGUGCGGGGUUUGAACUCGUCUUUUAUUGUCCUAGUGCCAAAGGUGGACAACCCGCAGAGGAUCGAGGAGUUCAGACCUAUCUCGCUUAUCGGCGUUAUUUAUAAAAUUUUGGCCAAGAUAUUUGCUAACAGAUUAAAGAAGGUGCUUGACGGGCUAAUUGGCGAGCAACAGAUGGCAUUCAUUAGCGGUAUGCAGCUAAUGGAUGGAGUCGUUAUUGCAAACGAGUUAGUCGAUGAAGCUAAGAAGAGAAAGAAGAGUACCUUUUUGUUUAAAAUUGAUUUUGAAAAGGCCUACGACAAGGUCAGCUGGAGCUUUCUUGACUAUAUGAUGCUGAGAAUGGGGUUUUGCUCCACUUGGAGGAAAUGGAUCAGGGAGUGCCUUGAAACGAGCUCCGUGUCAAUUCUAGUCAAUGGGAGCUCGACAAGGCAAUUUUCAGUUUCAAGGGGACUCAGGCAAGGGGAUCCCUUAUCCCCCUUUUUGUUUAUAAUUGCUGCAGAAGGGCUGAAUGGCUUGGUUAGCACGGCUGCUCAGAAGGGUUUACUACAAGGAGUGGAGGUGGGCUCUCGGAACCUCAAAAUUUCACAUCUGCAAUAUGCUGAUGACACGAUAUUGUUCGGUUCAGCCACAGAGGAAAACGUGUGGGCAAUGAAAGGAAUCCUGAGAGCAUUCGAGCUAUGCUCUGGUCUGAAAAUCAACUUCCAUAAGAGCCAAUUGUUGGGUAUUUGUGUGGGGGAAGACUGGCUAGAUAAAAUGUCGUGGAUUCUGUGCUGCAAAAAAGGAACAUUCCCAUUCAAGUACCUAGGAAUUCCUAUUGGAGGUAAUUGCAGAAGUCUUGGGUUCUGGAAACCUUUGGUAGAUCUGUUUUCCAAGAAAUUAUCCACAUGGAAGGCCAGCUACUUGUCUCUUGGGGGUCGACUCACACUUAUCAAUUCAGUGCUGUCCAGCCUCCCGGUCUUUUGGAUGUCGAUGUAUGUGAUGCCAAAAGGUACGAUCCGUACUCUUGACAAAGUCCGUAGGAAUUUUCUGUGGGGUGGGUGUAAAGGGGGGAAUAGGAUAAAUUGGGUGAAAUGGGAUAAGGUUUGCAAGGAUAAAGAAAGAGGAGGACUAGGAGUAAAAGAUCUGAGGAAACUUAACUUCGCUCUGUUAGGUAAAUGGUGGGGAAGGAUAGUGUCGGAGGAGAGAGGUCUUUGGAAGAAGGUCAUAUGUGAAAAGCUAGACACUAUAGCAGUGGAGAAUCAGGGAUGGCUAGUCAAUGGGAUUAAAAUAAAAGUGGGGGGAGGAGAGUCGGUCAAAUUUUGGUGGGACAUUUGGAGUGGGGGGGAGAGCAUUGCUAACAAAUUUCCUAGGCUAUAUGCUCUGUCAACAGGAAAAGAUAACAAAAUUUCCCAGAUGGGGGAGUGGGUGAGUGGAGCAUGGAAGUGGAAGUUACAAUGGAGGAGAAGCUUGUUUAGUUGGGAGAAACAUCAAGAAGAAGUUCUGCAGAGAGAGCUACAAAGAACCCUAGUGGUGAGAGGUGAGCUGGACCGGUGCUUGUGGGUACACUCUAAGGACGGUUGCUACUCCACAAGAACAGCCUAUCAAGUUCUAACAGAAGCACUAAGUUCUUCACAGCAUAGAGUAGACUUAAGCAAAGUAUGGAAUGUUUUCACCCCUAAUAAAAUAGCAGCCUUCUCUUGGCAAGUAGUGCAGGACAGAGCUCCAACGAAGCUUAAUCUUUUGAAAAGAGGUAUCUUCCAGAACAUUUCAGAGUGCAUGUGCGAUCUAUGCGGCAGGGAGUGUGAAGACUCCAACCAUUUAUUUAUUCAUUGCAUAGUAGCAUAUAGACUUUGGACAGCAUGCUUUAAGUGGUGGGGAGUAUCUACUGCGCUAGAUAAGGAUUGCUGCAGGGUAUUUGAACAGCACCCUCAUCUGGUAUAUAAGCCAGGUGUGAAGAAGGGAUGGGAUUGUAUCUGGUUCACAUUGGUUUGGACAAUCUGGCUAGCACAGAAUGAGAGAACAUUUAGUGGGAAGGGGGCUGACAUAGAAAGACUCUUCGAGCUCAUUCAACUACGCUCCUUUCAUUGGAUAAAGAACAAGAGCAACAGGUGCUUCUUCUCGUUCCUCGACUGGAUACAAAAUCCAUUAGAAUGCUUGAGGAUCAGCCGUGACAGUAGGAAGGAUGGGGGUAGUCUGCUAAAUACCAGGUAGCAAUUCUUAACACCUGCAGUAAGUGUUGCGUUUGUGGGUUAUAUGUUUUCUGUAGGGCUUUUGCUUAGUCCAAUUUCGAUAGUGUUGUUACGGGUUUGAGUACCCCUUGUACUCACAGCAAUAUUUAUCUUUUGACUUUUCAAAAAAAAAAAACAGGCUAU